UCAUUGAAGGCGCUCGGAUCCGUCUGCCUCGGCAUAGCUGACUCCAUUUCGACUCCACGCCUACGAACGGCUUGCUACGCUUACAUUGCUCAAACCACCCUCCGUAACUUCUGUCACGCCACGGGACAACCUCCCUGUCCUCAUGCUGCACGCUACACGACCACAGCAUCAUCCACGGAGUCCAAUUGGCGAAGCCUGAGCCGCCAAUAUGUCGUGGAAGAGGAGCGAGAAGCUGAUGGACACCAUCCGGCACUAUGCAAGCUUUCCGGCUACCGGUGUAAGCCUGCGCCAGAUGGUCCAGUUCGGCGAGAAGCCGUCGACUGGCACCUUAUUCCGCGCCUCGCAGUUCCUCGCCGAGGAACUCCCCAUCCGACUUGCCCACCGUGUCCAAGAGCUCGAAACUCUCCCUGACGGACUCAAUGAGAUGCCGUCGGUGAAGAAGGUGGCGGACUGGUAUGCGCAGUCGUUUGAGGAACUCACCACUUUUCCCAGACCAGAGCUUCCCAGAGAUGUACGGGAGAGGUUGAUGAGACCGGCGAAGAUGGCAGGUAAAAGCAACUCGUGGCUGAGCGAGGCGACACCGAACCCGAGCAUCGAGGAGGGGCAAUACAGUUCUUGGAACGGCAGCAACAAUAACAACAACGGCUGGGCAAAGGGCAGGUUCCCUACGACACGGAGAUACUUUGCGAUGGUGGACGACACAGGCGAUUGGCCGCCCGAACUACAACUGUACAACCAGAAAUUCGCGCAGACGCUGCAUCGCAUUAAACGGAGGCACGAUAGUGUCGUGACCACGAUGGCGCAGGGAAUCCUCGAGUGGAAGCGCAGGCGGCAACGGAUGCUGAUCGACAACAACAUACAGUCGUUCCUCGACCGGUUUUACAUGUCCCGCAUUGGCAUACGCAUGCUGAUCGGCCAGCACAUUGCGUUGACAGACCAAAGUCACUACCGGGACCCCUCAUAUGUCGGCAUCAUCUGCACCAAAACGUACGUCAAGGAGCUGGCUCAGGAGGCUAUUGAGAACGCACGUUUCGUGUGUGAGGACCACUACGGUUUGUUUGAAGCGCCGAAGAUCCAACUCGUGUGCGACCCGAAUCUCAACUUCAUGUAUGUGCCGGGCCACCUGUCGCACAUGCUCUUCGAGACGCUCAAGAACUCGCUGCGCGCCGUUGUCGAGACCCACGGCCAGGACAAGCAGGAGUUCCCGGUCACCAAAGUGAUCGUAGCGGAGGGCAAGGAAGAUAUUACUAUCAAGAUUUCAGACGAGGGCGGUGGCAUUCCGCGCAGCGCCAUCCCGCUUGUUUGGACCUACAUGUACACCACCGUCGACCGCACGCCGAACCUUGACCCGGACUUUGAUAAGAGCGAUUUCAAGGCGCCCAUGGCCGGCUUCGGCUACGGCCUGCCGAUAUCGCGACUGUACGCGAGGUAUUUCGGUGGCGACCUGAAGUUGAUCAGCAUGGAGGGCUACGGGACGGACGUCUACCUGCACCUGAAUCGUCUGUCUAGUUCGUCGGAGCCUCUGCAAUAGGAAUACGCCGUCAGGAGGGGGACUGGUUCAUCCUCGUCGCCCCGAGGAUUGACGCUGCCAAUGCGAUACCUGUUGCGCAAGCGCCUCAAGAACCCGGCCCCGUUGGAGAUUACAGAGCGGAGGCAGGUCGGCGACGUCGAAGCCACCGUCAACCCGGCGUCGGCGUCAGCCAUUGACCAGGGACAAUAUCAGCCCAUUCGAGGGAGCGAUCGCGAGCUUUGAAAUGAUUUUGUUUGACGCCUCGAUACGAUACGCCGGGCCUUACGGAGGUAGUGGGGAGAUGUGUGGCUACUGAUAUCCACCCAAGCGUUUCUGCUUCCCCUGGGUGGGCUGAUGUUCACUG